ACAAUAACGUGGCCCCAGUCUCGUACCGACGUCCGCGCCGACCACUCGUCCUCUGCGCUGUGUGAAACAGCUUCUUGCUGCUGCUGCUAGUGUGCGCGCCGUGAGUGCAUUUUGUUUUCGCAUUUCGUUUUGCCGUCGCGAGUAUUCUCCAGUGUUACACAUUUUCCAGUUUUCCGGAUUGCUGUAUGAUGUCCGCAAGCCGGUAGUAACUCAGGACUUAUUAAAAGACAAAACGAAAUUAUGCUGUUCCUCGUAUUUUUGGUGGUAGCGUGCGUCAAUGGUCAUCAAACCGAACCAGGAUAUCAUGUUAUACCCUAUAAAGAUGUGAUGUCGACGGCUGACACGUUUUCAGAGGACGGAGUGACAUCGUACUCGCAGCUGUUGUUCGAUAUUGCCAGAAAACAAGUGGUAGUCGGUGCAAGAGACAACAUAUACCGCCUGGACUUGGACGAUUUGAAAAAGAUCGAGGCCGCACAUUGGCCGGCCGCCGAGGAAAAAGUGCAGCUGUGCCUGGUUAAAGGCCAGAGUGUCGACGACUGUCACAAUUACGUCAAAGUACUAUUGUCCACUGGAAAACGGCUGUUCGCAUGCGGUACUGGAGCUUUUUCACCACAGUGCACGUGGAGAGAGAUGGAAAAUGCCAACAGCGUGACCGACACCGUGCGCGGGGUGGGCAAGUGUCCGUACAGUCCGCUUUCCAACAUCACAGCCAUGAUCACGCUCAACGGCCAGUACUUUGCCGGUAGCCCGAUGGACUUUUCCGGCGCAGACUCGGCCAUUGUCCGAGACCUGGGAGCUUCGUACCUGCGGACAAAGAACUAUGAUGCCAAGUGGCUGAACGAGCCCCAGUUCGUCGGGUCGUUUGAGACCGACGCCUAUGUGUACUUUUUGUUCAGAGAAAGUGCAGUGGAGUACAUAAACUGUGGCAAGAGGGUGUACUCGAGGAUUGCUAGGAUGUGCAAAAAUGAUGUCGGCGGACAAACUAUGCUGCGAGACAAUUGGACCACAUUCAUUAAGGCCCGUUUAAACUGUUCUUUACCCGGUGACUAUCCAUUUUACUUUGAUGAAAUUCAGGGUAUGACUUAUUUACCAGACGAAGGAUUGGUGUACGCUACAUUUACUACACCAAGCAAUGGUAUAGCUGGAUCGGCAGUAUGUAGUUUUAACCUUACCGCUAUAAACGCAGCGUUUAAUGGACCGUUCAAACACCAAGCCAGCGUCGGUUCGGAAUGGAUACGAUAUAACCCACCGCAUCAACUCAACCACGGACACUGCCAAAGACAGGAUCCAAAUCAGAUACUUGACUCGUCGAGAUAUCAACUGAUGGACAACGCAGUACAGCCCACCACGAUGGAUCCACUAUAUUACAAGCCCUUGGAAAUUCUGACACACAUUGCUGUCGACGUCGUACCAACCAAACCACACGGAUCUUUAAAAGUCUUGUACGUGGCCACGACCGAAGGGACCGUGAAAAAGAUUACUAUUCUACCGAAAUCUUCGGCCACGUGCACACUGGAGGAAUGGAACAUAUUCCCCGAGGGUUCCGGUUCCCAGAUCAUGGCGUUGCAUUAUCUGAAAGUCACGGACUCGAUUUACGUGGGCACUCGUGACCGGGUGUUGAAAAUACCGGCCCAGCACUGUGGCCGACACCGGAGCAAGGAAGCGUGCAUGAACGCGAUGGACCCCUAUUGCGGAUGGAACGAGCACGUCGACAAGUGCCAACCGCCGACAAACGGUAACAUCAUGGAACACAAUUGGCGACAGGACGUUACCAAGUGUCCGGACCGGUCGAGGCCGAUCGACGGUGGUUGGUCCAGCUGGUCGACAUGGGCUGCGUGUACGCAAAACGUUAACGGCAAAGAGUCCGCCGACCAAUGUUUGUGUUCGAGCAGAACGUGCACGAACCCCGAACCCAAGUACGACGGGGCCGAAUGCCAAGGUCCUACCAUACAGGUGACUAAUUGCACCGUACACGGACAAUGGUCUGGUUGGUCGGACUGGUCGGCGUGUACUCAGAGUUGCGGUUCUGCCGUGAAAGUCAGAAAAAGGACCUGUGGAAAUCCGGCGCCGGCCUUUGGCGGUCGCGUGUGUGUAGGACGGGACACCGAUGAAAUGUUUUGCCAUUCGAAUCCACCUUGUCCAGUUUCGCCACCUGUCGUAAAAGAGCCGGGCUGGAGCGCCUGGGGCUCGUGGGGCAAAUGCUCGGCCAAGUGUGGUGGAGGCAUUCGACAGAGGUCGCGGUACUGUAACAACCCACCGCCACAGGAAGGACAGGAUUGCAUCGGGUGUUCCGAAGAGUACGAACUGUGUAACCAGAGACCGUGCACGGAUAGCAUAAAGAAGAUAUCGGCGUGGUCACCGUGGGUGCCGGCCGGAAACGGUACUCAUAAAAGAUACAGAUUCUCGUGCAGAACGCAGCCAGACAUUUCGGCAUUACACAUUAUGCAGGACAAAGAAGAAAGUAGAUUGUGCCAAGAUGGAUCGUGUCACAGACUUGAUCAACCAUCAGAUUUAGAAGACUCGUGGUCAGAAUGGUCACCGUGGUCACCGUGUUCCGCUGAUUGUGGUGGUGGUGUACAAGUCAGGACUAGAACUUGUGGGCCUUUGGAUAAUUGUGAGGGACAAACCACAUUUACCAGGCCUUGCAAUACACAACAAUGCAAAGGAGAAUGGAGUUGUUGGACAGACUUUAAUGAAUGUUCUGUGACUUGUGGUGAAGGCGUCAGAACUCGCAAGCGCAAUUGCCUACUAAAGGGUGUGCCCUCUGAUGGAUGCGAUGGCCCUUACGAAAGCCAAGAACCGUGUUACGCGCCUUGUCAUGACAUGGAUAUGGGCUGGGAAGACUGGUCAGAGUGGUCAGUGUGCGAUAAGGAGAAUCAGAAACAUCGGACUAGAAAAUGUACUUUUGACCGUUGUUUGGGACCCAACAUUGAAUCUGUUCCUUGCUUUGAGACAAACGAGAUCGUUUCGAGUAGCUCCACGCUGCUGGUGUGCCUGCUGUCCUUUUUGACGGGCGCCUUGGUGGCUGGAGCCGCGUUCUGCGCAUGGCAGAGACGUCAGAAGCCGAAGUUGCCGAGCAGUCCGCACUACAUCACCACCAAGCAGAACCCGUACGUGACGGUGCCGAAAGAGUACCGCGCGCCCGCCAAGCGGACGCCGUCGUUCACCAAGCCGACCACUGUCGGCGCGCAGCAUCACAGCAACGGUACCUCAGCCACCGGCACGCUGCCCAGGCUGUUCAACAAGCCGGCCGACUACGAAACGGCCACCAUCAAGCGGAACAGCCACAGUCUGGUCAACGGGCACGCGAUGCGCAACCGUCCCGACUUGGAACAGGAGAAGUUUUUUCUAACACGCCGCGACACCGUUAAAUUAUAAUUAAGUAUAUAAUUAGACGCGAACACCGCCAAUCGCCAUAAUUACAAUAUUAUUAUAAUAUUACUAUAUGACGAUCAUCAGCUUCCUUAUCAUCCAAUAUUAUCGCCCACCGCUCGCGACAAUAUUAUCAUCAUCGACUGCAUGUUUACGCCGCACGGUCACUGAAUUCUGUGACGCGGUCGUUUAUGCGCGGAAGAAUGCGGUUUGUUCAACCCGCUUAGGAAGUUGUCGGUGUUUCCGGAUUUAUUUGUUUUUUUUAAUGUCAUCCGAUCAGUGUCCGGAUAAUAAUAUUAAACCAGUGCUAGUAUCGGCUACUGGUGCUCGUUAUUGCUAGUCAUUACAUUUUUUAUUUUCGACAAUUUCCUUGCGGACGUAACUAAUUUAACACGUGAUAUUGUUAACUGAUACAAUUAUUGACUUAAUAUUAUGUUUCUAUAACAAAUGGUAAAAAUCUAUUUCUAUAUUAUUUCGUAUUGACUAACAAUCAAUGUGCAUCACACUAUCUUCAGUUAGCGUUUGGUUUUGAUAGUAAUAUAUAUUAUUAUAAUAAUUAUUAUUAUUAAAUCAACAAAUUUUUUUAACCGAUAUAUCGUAAUACAAAUUAUACAAACGGUUUGCCCGUUUUGUUUUUUUUUAUACAACCGAAGACUGCGUAAAAACCACGACAUGAUAUGCAUCGUGCCUGUUGUCGUAUAUUACAUCCAUUAUUGCUUUACUCUGUUAAUUAUAAAUUAUAUUUGAAAAGAA